AUGGUAACAGUACCCACAGUCCCCCACAGCAACGGACCCCACAGCCUCCCACAACAACGGCACCCACAGCCUCCCACAGCAACAGCACCCACAGCCCCCUACACCAACGGCACCCACAGCCUCCCACAGCAACGGCACCCACAGCCUCCCACAGCAACAGCACCCACAGCCCCCUACACCAACGGCACCCACAGCCUCCCACAGCAACGGCACCCACAGCCUCCCACAGCAACAGCACCCACAGCCCCCUAUACCAACGGCACCCACAGCCUCACACAUCAACAGCACCCACAGACUCCCACAGCAACGGCACCCACAGCCUCCCACAGCAACGGCACCCACAGCCUCCCACAGCAACGGCACCCACAGCCUCCCACGGCAACGGCACCCACAGCCUCCCACAGCAACGGCACUCACAGCCUCCCACAGCAACGGCACCCACAGCCUCCCACAGCAACGGCACCCCCCGCCUCCCACAGAAAGGCACCCACAGCCUCCCACAGCAACGGAACCCACAGCCUCCCACAACAACGGUACCCACAGCCCCCCACAGCAACUUCACCCACAUCCCCCACAGCAACGGUACCCACAGCCCUCCACUGCAACGGCACCCACAGCCCCCCACAGCAACUUCACCCACAGCCCCCCACAGCAACGGUACCCACAGCCCCACACUGCAACGGUACCCACAGCCCCCCACAGCAACUUUACCCAGAGCCCCCCACAGCAACGGUACCCACAACCCUCCACUGCAAUGGCACCCACAGUCCCCACAGCAACUUCACCCCACAGCCCCCACAGCAACAGUACCCAGCCCCCACUGCAGCAGCACCCACAGCCUCCACAGCAACAGCACCCACAACCUCCCACAGCAACAGCACCCACAGCCCCCCACAGCUUCACCCCAGCCCCUCACAGCAACAGUGCCCACAGCCUCCCACCCCACACCUCACCACAGCAACGGCACCCACAGCCCCCCACAGCAACUUCACCCACAGCCCCUCACAGCAACGGUACCCACAGCCUCCCACCCCACACCUCCCCACAGCAACGGCACCCACAGCCCCCCCAGCACCCGAACCCCCAACCCCCCACACCAACGGCGCCCACAGCCCCCCACUCCACACCUCCCCACAGCGCAUCCACACAGCAAAGAGGAGGGGUCGAAAACAUUAA